AUGGCUCGCGAAAACAUCGCCCACGUAGAAGACGUCGAUGAGGAAACAGGCUCCGUCAUCCAGGGCACCGGACAGUACGCCCGCUCGAUCGCUCCAGGAAGCCCAGGCAAGACGAAGGCCAACAGCAAGUCCCGCAGAGAAAAGACGAUGAGAAGACCUACCGCCUCACCGCAACACGGUCUGACCGACUCGGACGACACCCUCCACCCUGUUGUGUCAGACAAGAGAGAGAAGGAAAGGGAGAGGCGUGCCGCAGAGAGGGAAGCCCAGGCGGCAGCAGACGAGAAGGAGGCCCGCCGAGAGGAGAAGCGUCGCCUGCAAAAGAAGGAACAAGACAGGGCUGCGCGCCACGCUGAACGCGAACGCACUGAACGAGAGCUGCGUGAGCGGGCUGCCCCCAAAAAGUCCGCAGUGCGCCCAUCAGCGAAGCACGUCAAGACGGCACCUGUUGUCCAUACCCAGCCAUCAGACCAGUACAGAAGACCACGGUUCGAAGACGACGCCUCGCAGUACGGUAUCCAGCCAGCACCGGGCUCGCGGCCCAGAGCUAUGUCAACCCGCCCAAGCAGCUAUUACGGCCCAGGCUCCCGACCUCCGACGUCCAACAAGCAAUGGCACGCCGCUCAGGCUACCUCGCCUUUCACCCCGGCCCCGAACUCUUCGCCCUUUGCGCCAUCUCCUCACGCUCCCCCUCACGUUUCUCAGCAUGCUUCAUCGCCUUUCGCCCCGGCUCCAAUGCCGAUGCCUAUGCCUGGACAUUCCCCGUUCGCGCCGGGCACUUCGUAUCCCCCACCAGCUUGGGGCCCUGGAGGUGUUCCGUACCCGAUGCAGGCGCCGGCUCCGCAAACGCCGACUGACUACUUCCCCCCGGCCCCUAUAGCUAGCAGUCCCCAGCAUUCCAACUUGGCUCGACGCUUCCAGCAGAGGCCUUCAUCCGCCAUGGGACACCGAUCUAUGUCGGGGUCUUUCGAUUACGAAGACUACGGACCGACUUACGAACAAGAGAACAUCGUCAGGCGCCAGUCGUUCAAGAGCCGAGACGUCGAGGAUCGCAAGCUGAUGCCGCCGCCUCCACCGCGCUCAAGGACGACCGCGCCACCACGACAGGCACUUCAUCCUCCGCCUCCCCAGCGGCAAAUUGCGUCUCAGGGCUACGAGUCCGACGAUUUUGAUGGCGAUGGAUCCAUGUACCAAGAUAUUGUCCCUCAAGGAUAUGAAUAUGACGAUGGAGUGGUUUCCAGGCCUCGUUCGCAUCGUCGGGGUUCCAGCACGUACAGCCGCGAUGGCUAUCAGAUCGAGCCCGUUCCUGUCCCCCGCAGCGGCCGACGUCAUUCGUACAUGGCUGGAGAGAGCGGCAGCAUGUCUCAAUCCAAGUAUGACUCUGCUGCGGCCGCUGCCCUGGCCUACCAGAACGGCGUGAGCGGCGCUGCGGUACCUCUGACUGCUGCGGCUCUGUCGAAAGCCGAGAAGAAGAGCAAGAGCAGCAGGUCCAGCGGGAGCAGCGGAAGUCGUGACGAGAGUGAGUUCCGACGCAGCGCUACUACGCGAACCACUCGGUCGUUGACUGGCGAUGGCGAGGACAUCACUAUCAAAGUCACUGGCCAGGCCGUCCUUAGGGUUGGCAACGCUGAGAUCCAGUGCCAGGAUGGCGGUGAAAUCAACAUCAGCCAGCCAGGACGUCUUGGUGGAAGCGACAGGGCCAGCACCAUCUACUCUGACGACCGUCGGAGCCGCAUCAUGGAGCGAUUGCCCAUUCGCGCUCGAUCCCCGAGCCAGUCCGACUCUUACAGUCGCAGCCAUGCCGACGGCUACGAGUACGCAAGAAUUCCGUUCACCUAA